GUGUUACAUCACAAUAAUUAAAUUAACCCAACCAUCGGGUAUAUAUAGAAGUCUCUUCCUCUCAUUGUUCCACACCAUCAACAAAGACAAAUACAAGAAGAAGAGUUUAAACAUCAAACAGAGAGUUUCAAGUUUCAGACAAAGAAUCUAAAGAUGAAUUCUAGGGCAAUGCAAGCUUUGAUCUUUCUUGGUCUCUUGGCCACUUCAUGUCUCGCUCAAGCUCCGGCUCCAGCACCAACCACCGUUACUACUCCUCCACCCACGGCUCUUCCUCCGAUGACUGCUGAAACACCUUCGCCAGUUGCUUCACCUCCAGUUCCAGUUAACGAGCCAACUUCAGCUCCAACCGUCGCUCCAACCACUUCUCCAACAACAUCUCCCGUUGCUUCUCCACCUCAGACCGAUGCCCCUGCUCCUGGUCCCUCUGGAUUAUCUCCGAGUUCAUCCCCAGCUCCAGGACCAGACGGUGCCGCUGAUGCGCCAAGUGCCGCGUGGGCUAACAAAGCUUUCCUUGUGGGAACAGCUGUUGCCGGAGCUUUAUACGCUGUCGUUUUGGCUUAGAGAGCUUUUUGAUGAGUUUGGUGGAU